CGGGAGCGUCGACGCGUCCUCGUUCUCCCGAAACAUUUCAGUUGUCCGCCCCACGAAGCACCGUGAUAGAUUGGAGAGCGGCGAUGUCCAAGUACUGGAAGCCAGGCUCCGAGAGGCCUCGGACGGUUCUCGUCGACGAUGAAGAAGGCGGAGUGCUCUUCCUUUCCUCUCCUCCCUCCUCCUCUGGGUUCGGGCAUUCAAGUCUGGAGAGGCAGCGGCAGAGGCUUCCGGUGUAUAAAUAUCGGACCGCAAUUCUUUAUUUGGUAGAGAAUCACGCCACAACCAUAAUCGUUGGAGAGACGGGAAGCGGAAAGACCACCCAGAUACCACAAUAUCUUAAAGAGGCAGGUUGGGCUGAAGGUGGUCGAGUUAUAGCUUGUACCCAGCCAAGACGAUUGGCUGUUCAGUCCGUUGCCUCACGGGUAGCUGAAGAGAUGGGUGUCAAACUUGGAGAAGAGGUUGGGUAUACUAUUCGUUUUGAGGAUCAAACAAAACCGAAUGUAACCAAGAUCAAAUUUCUAACUGAUGGGGUCUUGCUUAGAGAAAUGAUGGAUGAUCCUCUGCUGAUCAAGUACAGUGUCAUAAUGGUAGACGAGGCUCAUGAGAGAUCCCUUUCAACAGACAUGUUACUAGGCCUCUUGAAAAAGGUCCAACGCCGUAGACCUCAGUUGCGUAUAAUCAUUUCAUCUGCAACAAUUGAUGCAAAAUCCAUGUCAACCUUUUUCCAUAUUAGGAGGAGGAAUAUAGGACAGGCUGCAGAAGAUCCCACACCUAGUGAGCUGCCUGCCAUACUUUCUGUUGAAGGAAAAGGAUACAAUGUGGAAAUUCAUUAUGUUGAGGAGCCUGUCUCUGAUUAUUUACAAGCUGCUGUUAAUACCGUGCUAUCAAUUCAUGAUAAGGAACCACCUGGUGACAUUCUGGUCUUCCUUACAGGUCAAGAUGAUAUUAAUGCUGCUGUACAGUUACUUACAGAAGAUGCUCAAAACAAUGGGUUGUUAGUUUUGCCACUAUUCUCGGGGCUUUCACGUGCAGAUCAGGACCUCAUUUUUUCUCCCACUCCCAAGGGAAAAAGGAAAGUUGUCAUAUCAACUAAUAUUGCUGAGACAUCAUUGACUUUGGAGGGAAUAGUGUAUGUCGUGGAUAGUGGGUUCUCAAAGCAGCGCUUUUAUAAUCCAAUUCCUGAUAUUGAGAACUUGGUGGUGGCACCAAUAUCCAAGGCUUCUGCAAGACAAAGGGCAGGCAGGGCUGGAAGGGUACAGCCAGGGAAGUGUUUUAGACUUUAUACUGAAGAAUAUUUUGUCAAGGAAAUGCCUGCAGAAGGAAUUCCAGAAAUGCAAAGGUCAAGCCUUGUUUCCUGUGUGAUACAAGGCAAUAAGGGAGAAAGUGGUGGGCUGAAUGAUUUAAGAAGAAACCAAAAUACCCAGAAUGAACUCAAGUUGAAAGCCUUGGGCAUAGAUAAUAUAUUGGGCUUUGAUUGGCUAGCUUCUCCAUCGCCAGAGGCAAUGAUCCGAGCACUUGAGGUUCUCUACUCCCUCGGAAUUCUUGAUGAAGAUGCCAAACUUACAUCACCUACUGGUUUUCAAGUUGCUGAGAUUCCAUUAGACCCUAUGAUCUCCAAAAUGAUCUUAUCAGCAGAUACAUAUGGGUGUUCGGAGGAUAUAAUAACUAUAGCAGCAGUUCUUUCUGUUCAGUCUAUCUGGAUUUCUGUUAGAGGAGCACAGAAGGAAUUUGAUGAAGUGAAGCUGCGGUUUGCCGCUGCUGAGGGAGAUCAUGUAACAUACCUGAAUGUCUACAAGGGAUUUAUUCACUCUGGCAAAUCUUCUCAGUGGUGUUACAAAAACUAUAUAAAUUACCAUGCUAUGAAGAAGGUUAUUGACAUCAGGGAACAACUCAGCAGGUUAUUGAGGCGGCUUGGCAUAGUUCUGAAAUCUUGUGAAAGAGACACCCAGGUGCUAAGAAAGGCAAUCAUUGCGGGUUUUUUUGCCCAUGCAUGCUGCUUGGAGGAGUUCAGUCCAAACGGUAUGUACAAGACAAUUAAGAGUUCCCAAGAAGUAUACAUCCAUCCAUCUUCCGUACUUUUCAGAGUCAAUCCAAAGUGGGUGGUCUACCAUUCUCUUGUUUCCACCGACAAGCAUUAUAUGCGCAAUGUAAUUGCUAUUGAUCCAUCCUGGCUUAUUGAAGCUGCACCACAUUUCUAUCAAGUCCGGAAGCCCAACCCUGCCCCCUACUGAUAGCUGUAUUUAUCGAAACCUCUUCUAUAUUGAAAUCAGCAGGGCACCAUGAGAGGGCAACAUCAACAACUUCAUUGAGAGGUGUCAUGAUUGUGGAUUUCUUGCGAUCACACUCCAUAAAGUGAUUGUAAGGUCAUUUUCAAAUCAAUUGCUUGAUGAGUUGUCAUAAGCAUGGGACUUCAAGUGGGAUCUGGAAGUUGGAUUGGCAUGCAGAUAAACUCCAGUUUAGGAGGAAAUAUAAGACAGUCUUGUCAGUUGAUGGGAUCACCCCUUGUUCUAUCCACGAGAGCUGGGUAUUGGGGAUUGGGAAGAGAGAGCUGAUAUUUGACGUGGUCUUCUCUUAACCAGCUCAGCGUGAAGAUGAUAAUUUUCAUUUUGGUGCAUAUGUUAAACCUAUGUUAAUUUAGUUUUCUAUAAAUAGUUUUUAGGUGAGAAAUAUUAUAAUGAUGCUAAUCAGGUGCCAUUUUUUGCUACUAGUUGGCAACCAAAGUUUUGUAUGUAAUAUUGGCAAUAUCUCGCUCUAAUAUUCCUCAUCUUUUCUUGUCAUUUCC